AUGGCCUCCAUCCACAAAUUUUGGGUUUUCUCUCUCGCGCUUCUCCUCCUCGCCUCCCCUCUUCUCCAAGUUGCUAGGUGCCAGUCAGUCGCCGAUGAUGUUGUGGAGACCACCGAAGAAUCAAGUGAUAUUGGCAUUGUUGGUGAUGAUGCCCAAGACUUCGGUGAUGGGACCUUGUCUUCCGCUCCAGGAAUUGAUACAAUAAGUGUGUUUCCAAAAAAUAGUGCGCGAUUGAUAACAGCUGGAGAAGAUUCAGAGCUGCUUGUUGGUGUUAAAAAUGAUGGGGAUUCAAGCUUGAAUGUUAUUGCAAUCAAGGCUAGUAUUCACCUUCCUUUUGAUCACCGUCUACUGGUUCAAAAUCUUACUGCACAGGGUUUCAAUAAUGGUUCUGUACCAGCCUCAGCACAGGCUACUUUCCCAUAUAUAUUUGCAGUCAGUAAGUUCUUGCAGCCUGGAAAUUUUGAUCUUGUGGGCACUAUUAUAUAUGAGAUAGAUGAUCAGCCAUUCCAAAGCACCUUCUUUAAUGGCACCAUUGAAGUCGCUGAAGCUGGUGGUUUUCUUAGCAUGGAAUCUGUUUUUCUUGUUACCCUUGGGGCUGCUCUCCUUGUUCUCCUGGGGCUAUGGAUUCAUGGUCAAAUACAACACCUAUCUAAGAAAACAAAGAGGGCUCCAAAAGUUGAAGUGGGAACUAGGAGCACAGAUGCUUCAACUGAUGAAUGGCUACAGGGAACUGCAUAUGCCCAGUCUCUGUCGAGCAAGUCGAAGAAGAAGAAGUAG